AUGAACAAUUUAAAUAACAAUCGUCUCAAUAUACUUGAUUUACCCGAUGAAAUUUUAUGUCUCAUUAUUGAAAAACUUAAUAUGGUCGAUGUUUUUUAUUCACUUGUGAAUGUAAAUCAACAAUUUAACCGAUUAGUAUUUGAUUCUCUUUAUAUUCAUGAUCUUAAUAUGAGAACAAUUAUGAACAUCAAUUCGUUGUAUGAUCAAACUUCUUUAAUAGAUCCUAAAGUUCUUUCAAGAAUUUGUAAAAAAAUCUUACCUGGAAUUCAUUCACACGUACAUAAACUCACUGUUGAAGAAUAUUCAAUAAAACAAAUUCUUCUUGCUUCAAAUUAUCCUCAACUAUAUUCAUUGUCACUUAUAAAUUUUCAAGCAGAAACGCUUUAUGAAUAUUUAACAGAUAAUUUGAUUCUUCGUGAUCUUCUUGGUAAACAAAUAAGACAUCUUAAUAUUGAUAUGAAAAAGACAAGAGAACAAAGCUCAAUAACUGUUUCAAAGAUUUUUGAAUUAAUUUUAUCUUUAUGUAAAAACUUAAUCGUUUUGAAUAUUUGUGAUAUGUUUCCUACACGAAAGCGUCUGAUUCAAACUCUUUAUAUAUUACGUAAAAAUUAUACGCCUUCUGCUUUAACCAAAUUAAAAAUCAAUGUCCCAACUUUAACUGAAUGUCUUUGUUUGCUUGAUGGACCUCUUGUUUGUUUAUCAACAUUAAUUAUUAAUGUAUUAUGUAUUUAUCAUCCAGAUAUGUUACAAGCUAUAGAUACAACAAAAAAACUACCCAAUUUGAAAUGUUUUUCAUUUACCUCGUUUGGUCAUACAUAUGAAUAUGAUAAUCUAAUUGUUCCAUUACUUUGUCGAAUGAUAAAUCUUGAAGAAUUAAAAUUAUAUCUAUUAGUAAGAAGAUUGGAUUCGACUUAUAUUGAUGGUUAUCAAUUAUAUGAUCGAUUUCUUAUUUAUAUGACACAAUUAAAGAAAUUUACAUUUUAUAUUAAGACAGAAGUCUCGUUUAAGACCGUUAGAUUUGAACUUCCAACAAACGAAGAUAUUCAACGUAGUUUCAUUGGAAGAAGAUAUCCACGAGUAACUUCAUAUGCUUAUACUCAAUCAGUUCCAUUCGAUGGUGUUUGCCAUAUUUAUUCACUUCCAUACGACUUUGAAUAUUUUGUCGAUCUCGACAAUUCUUUUCAAGGUUUCUCUUAUGGACUUAUUAUUGUAGAAAAACUUUGUACAACAAUUGGUGGUAUUGAACAAUGA